AUGCUAAAACAAUUAUCGAAAGUUUUGUCUCGAACCGCCAACAAACGUUUAAUUUCCUCCACGUCUACGCAUUUUAGUCGCGUUACCGUUAUCGGUUCAGCUGGUGGCAUUGGUCAGGCCCUGGCCAUGCUUAUAAAAGCCGAUCGUCUAGUUAGCGAUUUGGUUUUAAUGGAUAUCAAAAAUACCGAUGGCAUAGCAGCAGAUGUUUCUCACAUCGAUACAUUUUCGGGUGUUAAAGCAUUUACGGGUCCCGAUAAAUUGGAACAAUCUUUGGAAUGUUCAAAUUUGGUGGUCGUGGCUGCGGGAAUGGAUUUGAUAUAUCAGAUAACUUCGCUAAAAGCUAAAAUUUGUCCUGAGGCCAUAUUGGCUAUUAUAACAAAUCCGGUUAAUGCUUUAGUGCCCUUGGCGGCCGAAACCUUGAAGCAGUUAAAUGCUUAUGAUCCCAAGAAAUUAUUUGGUGUAACUAAACUAGAUACCAUGAGAGCACGCACCUUUAUAGGGGAGUAUUUGUUAGUAGAUCCCGGGAAAGUAAAGGUUAAUGUUAUCGGUGGCCACUCCAGUAAUACCAUUAUACCCUUGAUAUCCACAGCUACGCCCACGGUAAAAGGAGAUUGUGAGGAAUUAUCGGUUAUUUAUGAACGUAUAAGAUGUGCUGGAGCAGCUGUGGUUAAGGCUAAAGGGGGCAAAGAAUCGGCUCAACUUUCUAUGGCCUAUGUGGCAGCGACUUUUUGUAAUUCUUUAUUAAAGGCUUUGGAGGAUAAAUCGGGUGUGGUGGAUGUGGCUUAUGUUGAAUCCAAAGUGGUGCCCGAAGUUAAAUUUUUCUCCUCUAAUGUUGAGUUGAGUAAAGAGGGCAUAAAGGGAUUCGAAACUUUGCCUACCUUGAGCUCCUAUGAAAAGGAGUUAUUAAAGAAAGCUUUACCGGAGUUAAAGGAAAGCAUAGAGCAGGGUAUUAAAUACGCUCAGAGUAAGAAGGGGCAGAAGUGA